GAAGAACAUCUUCUUCCUUCAUCAUGAAAUGGAAGAAGAUUCUGUGGAUGAAAUGAAGAGUCACUCCAACAUUCACGAGGCAAGGUUCUUGGUAGGACUUUGCAGGUACUUCUUGCAGCAGGGCUACCUUCCAGAGCAGAUCACGAUCUUGACUACCUAUUCCGGUCAACUCUUUGCCUUUAAGAGGUUGAUGAAAAAGAGUGACUUUGAAGGUGUCAGAGUUGCUACAGUUGACAACUUCCAGGGAGAGGAAAACGACAUAAUUCUACUCUCUCUCGUUCGCAGCAAUAAGCAGGGAAGUGCUGGCUUCUUGAAGAUCGACAACAGAAUCUGCGUAGCGCUCUCGAGAGCAAGAAAGGGUCUGUACUGCAUCGGAAAUUUCAAACUCCUCGCACAACAAAACCCAACUGGGCCAAGCUUGUGGAGGGAAAUCGUGAAGGAUGCUGAAAUCUACGGCACCAUCGGAAAAUCCCUUAAGCUCCAGUGCAGAAAUCACACUGAGACACAAAAUGAGGUUUCAAAUGAAGCGGAUUUCUCAAAGGUCCCAGAAGGUGGUUGUUCCGUACCAUGUGAGGCACGUCUUAUCUGUGGUCAUGUUUGUCGAAUGCCAUGCCACCCUGCCGACAUGAAACAUGAAAACUACAAGUGCCGUCAAAAGUGCACUCAGACAAUUUGCACCUUAGGUCAUCGAUGCAUGAAACAGUGCUACCAGCCUUGUGACACGCAGUGCAAAAAACCUGUCGACAAGACACUGCCUUGCGGUCACAUCCAGAAAGUGCCUUGCUACAAAAGCAGCUCAGAAGUAAUCUGCGAAUCUCCAUGCCGCAGGAGACUGGAUUGCGGGCAUCAAUGCAAGGAGCUAUGUGGAAAGGGCUGUACAGUGGUCUGCCAGGAAAUGAUUCGUCAUUAUGACUGGCCUUGUGGCCAUAAUGUCCUCGCCAAAUGCUCUGCUGGUCCUGACUCCUGUUCGAAACCAUGUAAUGAGAUUCUGAGUUGUGAACAUCCGUGCAAGGGUUCAUGCGGCAAGUGCCACCAAGGACGUCUUCAUGCAUUCUGCCGAGAAAAAUGUGAUCGUACACUCGUUUGCGGUCACCCUUGCCGGUCGACAUGUGCUGCGGAUUGUCCACCGUGCUCAAGGAAGUGCGAAAACAGAUGUCAACAUAGCAAAUGCAAGAAAAAUUGUGGAGAACCUUGUGUUCCGUGUGCAGAGAGAUGCAUCUGGCGAUGUCGACAUUUUCGCUGUGGGGCACAAUGUGGAAAACCAUGCGACAGACGUGCUUGUCAUGACCCUUGUACACUCAUGCUGAAGUGUGGCCACCCUUGCAUCGGACUCUGUGGUGAACCAUGCCCCAAGAAGUGCAGAAUCUGUGAUAAGGAGGAAGUUACCAGCAUCCUCUUUGGCGAUGAAGACGACGAUGAUGCUCGGUUUGUGGAGUUAGAGGACUGUAAGCACUUGAUUGAAGCGAAUGCCCUGGACCAAUGGAUGAAGACGGAUAGUGGAAGCAAGGACACGUCAGAGGCGACCUCCAUUAAGCUGAAAGUGUGUCCAUGGUGCAAAACACCGAUCAGACGCAAUCUGCGAUAUGGAAGCAUCAUCAAACAAGCACUGGAUGAUAUAAAUGCGGUUAAAAGAAGAAUCUUCGGCAACGAAAGGACAAUCCAAAAUCUCCGUCAGAACCUACAAGAAAGAAUUCAUCGAGAAGUGGUGUGUGCCAUAGCAAGGGAUCAGCAACUGUUCCUAUUAUUCGAAACCAUGGUCAGUUCGACGCUUGCGUUGAGCCAUGGACAAAUCACCGCUUUGGAAAACAGAGUCCGCUUUCAGGAGGAAAUGAUAGACCUGGCUAAAGAAUUGCAAUCGCUGCGAUCUCCAUCCCUAAAUCAGCAGUACGUUAAGCAGAUGAAGAAUGAGAUAGUUGUCAUGCAGACUUGGUUGUGCAAGGAGCCCAUCAACAGGAUGUCCCAACAGCAGACCGAUGACGCCAACAGAGAAGCGAAGAGGUUCCACUUAGCCUUGAAUCUUUUCAAGAUCCUGGUCAAGAAACCAGCUGCUCGUGACAAAGCCAGCGAAGAGGUCAAGGCCGCAGAGCUUCAACUCUUUGACGGAAAGGCUAUGACUGCCCAACGAGCAAAUGAAAUCAACGAUCUACUCAAGAAGAUCGAUUACAAGUCUGGUGGGUUGGGAAUUAGCGAGAAAGAGAGGAAGGAGAUAGUCGCCGCCAUAGGUCUGGCCAAAGGUCAUUGGUUAAAAUGCCCCAGAGGGCAUGUCUACGCCAUCGGGGAAUGUGGUGGGGCCACAGAGACGGGCAAGUGCCCUGAAUGUGGUCAAGGAAUUGGGGGCACCCAACACCGACUGACAGAGGGCAAUAGGGUUGCGUCAGAGAUGGACGGGGCGCAAUAUCCAGCUUGGUCUGAAGAAGCUAAUAACAUGGCGAAUUUCGACCUGAAUAAUUUGCAUUAGAAUUGAAACUUGAUAGCAUUUAGUGAGCAUACAGGCUGUCCUAAUAUUAUCGUAGACAACUUUAUUUCCCUUCUCCGAUAGUCCUCUCAUUCACUUUUCAUAUUUAAGAUGUUCGGCAUUUCAUUACCAACUGUCGACAUGUAUACCGUCGAACAUUAACUGAAGUAGA